AUGAGGUUGACCCCACUCACAUACCUCGCCUCGUCGCUCGCCAGGAACAGAACCGCAUUCGCCACGUCAUCCACUGUCAGCUCCACGCCCUGCAGAUUCGCAUUGGCCCCAACGAAGUUCCUGAACCCUGUCCACGCGUCCUCCGUCCUCUCCUCCUCCGGCAGCGCCAGCCCCGUCGCCACCGCGUACGGCGACACACAGUUCACCCGCACGCCGUGCUUCCCCAGCUCGGCCGCCACGCUCUUCGUCAGCCCAACGACCGCGUGCUUCGACCCCGUGUACGCGUGCGGGCCCAACCCCCCGAUCACGCUCGCCACGCUGCUUAAAGAAACUAUCGAGCCCUUCCGGGCCGGGAUCAUGGCCCGGGCCGCAUGUUUCAUCCCGAGGAACGGGCCCUUCACGUUCACGUCGAACGUGUGCUCGAAAACCGAGAGGUCGCAGUCACGGAUGUCCGGGCAGGGAGGGCCCGAGAUGCCCGCGUUGUUGACCAUGAUGUCGAGGGGCCCGAAAUGUCGAGAGACGAAGUCGACGGCCCGGCUGAUGUCAUCCUCGACAGUGACGUUGCAGUGGAUGAAGGAGGCGUAUGGGCCCAAGUCCCGGGACAAGCUCUGUCCCAAGUUGUCUUGGAUGUCGGCUAUGCAGACCUUGGCGCCGUGCCUUCUCCUCAAGCCCUCGGUUAUGCUCCUCGUCAAGCACGUCCACACUAUCGUAAUCCACCCCUUGGCCCUCGAGGAUGGCCUUUUUAUGUGGGGCAUUUCUGACCCAUGUUGA